AUGGCUAAAAGCCCGGAUGUUACUGCCACUUUCACCAUGGCCCAAGCCAACAAUCUAUUCAUGCCAGGUAAAAAGGUCGCUAUCCAAUGCAUCCCCAUUGCACCCGGUCUAUGGGCUACUCCAGUGAAUACCACCUUUUCUAUCCCCAAGUCCAGUGCGAUGACGUCUAUUUCAUUGAACACUCCACCUCUUGUAUCCUCUGAGUGUACGAUGACGAGUCUUUCUGUGCAAGGAACAAACACUAUGCAGGUCUGGUGGGGAACCCCUGAAGGAGCCAUUGAGACAGCCGAGUUCCCUCUUCAAAGAUUCCACCCAGAAACAGCGCAAUUCGCCAGUGCGUCGACAGUUUCUGAUACAGGAUCUUGCCUGGCUUCCGUAUCUGUCAACUCUACCAACCAGCUGGUUUGGUGGAUUACGGAAACAGGGGCUAUUGAUGGACAAGUUAAUAGCGGCAAAGGAUGGGCGUCACCCGGCACAGGACCUGGGGAAGCAUACCCCUUCAACGAGGCUAGCACAGCUUCAACAGCUAAUGGAGGUUCCAUGACCAGUCUCUUACUAGGUAACAAUGGAACAAUCCUUUUCUGGGUUGAUGCCAAGGGUGCCAUCGGUUGCUGCAGAUGGUUUGCUAGUUCGGGUUGGCAGGCUGUUUUUGAUGCACUUCCUCCCGGAACAGCAAGCACCACUACUCAGCUGACUACACUGUCCGUUGGCAGUACUGCCUACCUGUUCUGUGUUUCUCCGGACGGUGCAAUCGUUGGUGGCAGUUGGUCCGACGCCAACAGCGGUACUUUAGGUCUCAUGCCCCCGAUUGAAGUUGCACCAUUAAAGAGUGCAGCGCCUGACGGUGGAUUAACUUCGAUCAGCGUCAACGCACAGGAGAUUGCAGUUUUCUGGACAACACCAAAAAAUAGCAUCGACAUCGCCUUUCUGUUUGAGGGCCCCUACUCAUUUCGCAACUUCCAGCGACCUCUUACUGUGGCUCAGUCGGUUUUAGGAGGGACGGGUAUUGCAGUGUAUUCCAUGGAAGCGAACCAGUGCUCGGUUUGGUGGAUUGGACAAUCCAGCGAUCUCAGGAGGACAAACGUGGAUUUCACAAAAGUCUCAUCAACGCCGCCGCCCGAUUGGCCUGUGUUUGAAGAGGUUGGCCCUGAUUCUUGCAAACAAACGCGGUCACUUCUUGUUCAGAAAGUAUCUGGAACGCAGGUCGAUGUUUUUUAUGAAAAUGCGAAAGGUGCUGUUGCUGGGUUGUCCUAUGAGUCUUAG